AUGCUGCCUUCUACAACAAUAGAUUUUUCCGUAACUGGCGAAAUACUUCAAUUUGGAAAUGCUGAAAAAAAUAUUUUAGCUUAUUGGAAGCAAAUAAAUGCAUUCGAAACAAGUAAUAAAUUAUCAAAAGAUCGACCAAGAUAUACAUUCUAUGAUGGUCCACCAUUCGCUACUAGUCUUCCACAUAUUGGACAUAUUUUAGCUGGAACAAUUAAAGAUACAGUUACUCGAUGGGCUUAUCAAACAGGACAUCACGUUGAACAUUGUCAUGGUUUACCAGUGGAACACAAAAUCGAUAAAAUGCAUGAUAUUAAAGAUCCCGAAGAUGUAGCUAAAACAGGUAUUGCUACUUAUAACAAUCAUUGUCGACAAAUUGUUAUGUGA